AUGACGAUCGCAUCAAGCAUCUUGGAUACCGUAUACGUCUACCACUUCGGAGCUAAUUUCCUUGUCGAAUUGCAUGUGGUGAUGGAUCGUGAAAUCAGUUUGUGUGAAGCACACGAUGUGUCCGAGACUUUGCAAGCAAAGCUCGAACAACUCACUUUUGUAGAACGAGCUUUCGUCCAUUGUGAUUACGAGUUUGAUGGUGAUGAGCACGUCUGA